AUGGUGCCCGACGGAGGCAUGAAGGACCAGGAGGCCUCCACCUCGUCGUCUCCACCCGUUGCGGCAAUAACGAGGGCUGCGCGGCCGCCUAGGCCAGCGAGGUUCAAGAAGAUCCCCGUGUGGCAGUGGCACCCACUGAAGUACAGGCGGUUCCGCGUGGGGGCCACCAAGAGGAUGGUCGACGCAUCAUCGUCCGCUCGGGCGGCAAGGGGAGCCGGGGAUGUGACCACGGCGGUGGCGGCGGCGCCCAAGGAGAGUGAGCAGGAGGACGGGAAGGAGCACAUAUGCGGUGGCUGGAAGAGUGAGGAUGGAAGUUUGUGUUGCGGAUAUUCUAGCUUCAGAGGGAGAAGAGCAAGUAUGGAAGACUUUUAUGACAUGAAAUCAUCUAAAAUGGACGCUAAACAAAUAAACCUCUUUGGAGUAUUUGAUGGACAUGGUGGUUCAUGUGCCGCUGAGUAUCUCAAGGAGCACUUAUUUGAAAAUCUCUUGAAACAUCCAGCUUUCAUUAGUGAUACAAAAACAUCAAUAAGUGAGAGCUAUACGAAGACUGACUCAGAUUUCUUGGAUGCUGAAACCAAUAUUCAUAGAGAGGACGGGUCAACUGCAUUAACCGCAAUUUUGGUUGGCAACCAUCUCUAUGUGGCAAAUGUUGGCGAUUCACGGGCUGUAAUAUUGAAGGCGGGCAAAGCUAUUGCGCUCUCGGAUGAUCACAAACCAGACAAAAGUGACGAGCGGGAACGGAUUGAGAAUGUUGGAGGAGUUGUUACAUUUAGUGGAACAUGGAGGGUAGGUGGUGUACUCGCAAUGUCUCGGUUGUUGCAUAGGCAAUUUACUCAAGCAUUUCCAAAUUUUUGUCAGGAACAAGAAAUAGAUGAUGAAUUGGAGUAUCUGAUUUUGGCUAGUGAUGGCCUGUGGGACGUGGUGUCAAAUGAGCACGCCGUUGCAUUUGUGAAGGAAUAG